UUAAAUUCCAACCAUGGAGAAGGACAAAAAGGGAAAAGGACAAAAAAGUUUUUUUCAUCGCCCAAAGAAGAAAGAUGAGAAGGAUAAGAAAUCCAGCACCAUGCAUGGAAUGACAGAAGGAAUAGCUGGAAUGGCGAUGGAGACCAUGACUCAGUGGCAGGUUAAUGAACGCUUUGAACAGAUGCUGGACAACUUAAACUUAACAGAAGAAAAAAAGGCACCGCUAAGAAGUAAAGGCAUAGAAGAGAAAAAGGCUAUGUUGAGAAUGCAGUUCAAUGUUGACAAUAUUGAUGAACAUACUGAUAAUCCUAGUACAUUUCUGGCAAAGUUAAAUAACCCAGAAUUACAGAGUGAUGAGAGACUGGAAAUUCUGAAGUCCCUAAAGGUCAUGUUAACAAGUAAACCAGUCAGCUGGGUUAAAGAGUUUGGUGAGGAUGGUCUCAAUAUGUUGCUGAAGCACCUUGUACAUUGCUGUAACAAAACAAAAGAAACAAUGAGGAAAGAGGAAAGACAAAGUCGGUUGGAAUGUGUCAAAUGUAUCAAGGCUUUCAUGAAUAACACUUUUGGCCUGACUAAAAUGCUGGAGAGUGAGGAGGGCUUGUCCAUCUUGUCCCGGUGUUUGGACCCAACUGACCCUGACACCAUGAUGUUGUGUGUCAGUAUUUUGGCUGCUGUCUGUAUCUACGAACCUCCUCGGGGGCAUGAGAAGGUGUUGGAGGGACUGGCUGUCAGUGCUGAGAUGAAGAACAUGGACCGGUUUGACAUGAUUAUCACGGGUCUGGGUAUGAGAAUAAAUGUCCCGCUACAGGUCGGCUGUAUGCAGCUCGUGAAUGCCAUCAUCUGUACUCCUCAUAACUUAGACUUCCGACUCCAUCUUAGAAAUGAAUUCAUGAGAUGUGGGCUGCGAGAUUUGAUCAAGCAUUUAGAUGAACAAGAGAACGAAGAGUUACAAGUCCAGCUGAGAACGUUCCAUGAUCAAGCGGACGAUGACCAGGAGGAGAUAAUGCAGAGAUUUGAACUCACCAAAGUUGAUAUGUCAGACUCUGAUCAUUGCUAUGAAAUGCUAAAACAACUAAACUCUGCAGACCGAGAUAGUGAGAUGUGUUUUCUCUCCAUCCUUCAGCAUUUGUUGUGUAUACGAGAUGACUUUUUUGUCAGGACGGAGUACUACAGGCUGAUUGAGGAAUGUUUAACACAGAUCGUUCUGCACAAAGAUGGAGUGGACCCAGACUUCAAGAAAACUAAAAGAUUUGACAUCAAAAUGGAGAAACUGAUAAAUGACUUAGCAGACAGAAGGAAAGAAAUUUGUGAGCUGGAGAAAAAGGUGUCAGAAUUAGCUCCGAGUGCCGAGAACCUUCCUAAAGUCCAGGCCCUGUUGGACAAUGCUCUGAUUGCUAAACAGGAAAUGGAGUCCAAGGCGCAGAUCAUGGAGGAGCAGUACCUCACUCAAGUCAAUGAUGCAGAGGAGAAAAAAGAGCAGCUUGAGCAGAGGAUGAAGGAGCUUGAUGCUGACCUGAAGUCCCAGCUUGCUGAGCUUGCAGAGAAAAAACAACAAGCUGAGGAUGAUCUGCUAAACAUGAGGGCAAACAAAGAUAAAGAAAUUGCUCAGUUGAGGGAACAGGUAAGAAAUCGUCCAGCCAUCGUAGAUAAGGAUAUUGCCAGACCAGUCAACAUCAAAGGCUCCAUCCCAGCUCCCCCUGCUGAAGUCAAGCAUGCAUAUGUACAAACAACAGAAGACCUACUACCACAAGCACCGCCAACUCAGACUGCAACUCCAUCCUCAGCCCCAGCCCCUCCUCCUGCCCCACCCCCACCACCUCUUCCUCCAGGGGUCACCAUCCCUACCCCUCCCCCAGCCCCUCCAUUGCCUGGUGGUGUACCAGCACCUCCCCCUGCUCCCCCUCCUCCAGGUGGGAUUGCUCCACCCCCAGCUCCUCCACCUCCUCCAGGUUUACCAGGGGCUGUACCACCUCCACCCCCAGCCCCUUCUCUCUCUGGGGGUGUUCCACCUCCUCCACCUCCUCCACCACCCCUUGGUGGUGCACCAAUUCCACCACCCCCUCCUCCAUUACCUGGUGGGGUGCCCCCUCCACCCCCUCCUCCAGGUGGGGUGCCCCCUCCACCCCCUCCUCCUGGUGGAGGUCCUCCUCCACCCCCUCCCCCUGGUUUUCCAGCUCCAGGUCCCCCUAAACCUGUUGCACCUCAGCUUCCAUUUGGAAUGAAACCAAAGAAAAAGUAUGAAGUAAAAGAUCAAACUAAACGCAUCAACUGGGAAAAGAUACCUUCAAAUAAGCUGAAAGAGGACUCAUUCUGGGUAAAAGCAGAAGAAAGCAAGUUUGAGGAUGACUUUAUAUUCCAGUCCUUAAUGGAGAAUUUUAGUGUUAAAAAACCCGUUAAAAAAGAUGCUGAGGUUGAAGUAGCCAAUGAGAAGAAAGCAAAAAAAGUCAAAGAUCUCCGAGUUCUGGAUCCAAAAUCCGCCAUGAAUCUCUCUAUGUUACUUGGUUCUCUAAAGACCCCCUACAAGGAAAUCAGGAGGAGGAUCGUGGAGGUGGAUAAGGAGCACCUGACCACGGGGAUGCUGGAACAACUCAUCAAGUACCUCCCAGAACCCGAGCAGAUCAAAGAGCUCGGCUCACUUAAGGAGGAAUAUGAUGACCUAGCGGAAGCAGAACAGUUCAUAGCUACAAUAUCAGACAUCAAGAGAAUCAAGCCUCGUCUCCAAUCUGUACUGUUUAUGAUGACAUUCAGUGAGCUGGUGGAUGGAAUCAAACCGGAUUUAAUGGCAGCAACAGUAGCUUUAGAAGAAAUAAAGACCAACAAAAAGUUUGCUCAUAUCCUAGAACUUAUCUUAAUGAUUGGAAAUUAUCUCAACUCAGGCUCUAGAAAUGCUCAAUCUCUCGGAUUUGACAUCAGCUUUCUCAGUAAAUUGAAGAAUACCAAAACACAGGACAAUAAGUCCACACUAGUCCACUUUCUGGUCAGUAUAAUUGAGGAAAAACACCCAGAUCUCGUACAGUUCAAGGAUGAUUUCACUUACCUAGAGAAGGCCUCAAAAGUAUCUGAUGAGACGAUACAAGGAAACUUCCGCUCCAUGGAGAAGUCUUUGAAGCAAGUGAAGGGAGAUCUGGACAAUUGUAAGAAAUCCCCAAUGGAAGGGGACAAGUUUCCAGAGGUUAUGGAGGGUUUCCUAGAGGAAGCUAAGCAACAGUAUGAAGUGAUGACCAACAUGUCCAAUAAAAUGAUGAGUUUGUAUGAAGAUAUGAGCAAAUAUUAUUGUUUUGACAUAAAGAAAUACACCAUGGAGGAAUUCUUUGGGGACAUCAAAAUCUUUCAAGACAGCUUUAGGCAAGCUCUUAAAGAUAAUGCUAAACAAAGGGAGACCAAUGCUAAACUACAACGUGCGAAAGAGGCAAAGGAACGUGCUCAGAAAGAAAAGGAAGAAAGAAUGGCUGCUCGCAAAGAAGGAGAAAUUCAGGGCAAGAAGAUUCCGACCAGAGGACUUGGUCCAAAGGAUGAUGACUUGAAGGGAGCAAUGGACAAUCUGUUGGACGCAUUAAAGACUGGAUCAGCUUUUAACACAGCACGCCGGAAAAGAAAUCCAAGACCAGGAGGUGACGGGGAGGUGAAGGCUGUGCGCAGAAAACCUGGUCCAAUAGAUAUCAUGGCCAUGCAGGAGGAUUGUUGAUGUACAUCAUAGAUAUCUCAGCCAUGCAGGAGGAUUUUUUAUAUAUAUAUAUAUAUCAGAGCCACGCAGGAGGCUGAGAUCAGAUCGGAGGCCAUCUUCAUGUCUUCCAUUACAAAUCAUUGAUUUUAUCCUUAUUUUGUUUGGUUUUUUCUUUGUAUCUGGGAGCAUAUACAUGUAUUUAUGUUUAUAGAAGUUUAAUUGGAUUAGGUUAAAUCAUAUAUUUGUUGGUUUUGUUUUGUUAAUAUUUUAUCGGUACAUAUAAGAUUAUAUUAUUUUUAGCACAUAUAAGUAAGUGAUAAGCUUUGGUACUGUCCCCUAUAACUAGAUACUACAGAGCUACACAAGAGGUAAACUUAGUACAGUACAAAUAUUAAUACCAAAAACGAAAAAGUAACCUAAGUAAUAAACUGAUACUUUACAGCUGUAACCACUUACAGUUACUAUUAAAAUACACCAAAGUUCUGUUCUAAUUAUGUAGCUAUCAGUGGUUAUUAUGAAAUGUUAUAUGUGUGGUCAACUAUGAUUCUAUAAAACAGUGAGUAGUUGCUAUAAUAAGUUACCUAAGAGCUAAACUGUGGUACUAUAUGGUGGUCACCACAAAAUCUGUGUUCUUUUUUCUAGUCUGUGUGCUUGUUUUAUGAAGAAUUUCAGUUAUUAUUAAUUAUAUAUCAGAUUUAACAUUUAUUGGAGAGGGUCUGUGAAUUAAGUCUUAGACUUGUUGCUGUUUGCCAAGUUUUUCCAUUAACAAAGCCUGCCCAGCUGAGAAAUGAUUACAGACCUCUUUUUUGAUGGCUACCAAAUUUAGGAUUAUUUGUUUGUAAUUAAUGUCUCAAAAGAUAAAAAAUCAUUUUAAUCAGUUUUUAGCAAUUUGGUAAAUAAUCGAUGUUAUUUUUUUAUUCAGUUUAUUUUCAUCUAAGAACAUGAAAUGGGGCAUUUGACAAAAUUUUCUGCAAUUCAGUAAAUAUCUGUUCAAAAAUUUAUAAUUAUAAGAAAUAGCGGGGUCUUAUUUGAUUUUAUAUUUAUAAUUUAUUGUAUGACAGAAAGUUUCAUCAAUGAUGAAAAUUAUUUUUAUCGACAUUAUAUCAAUUGAGAGCUAUUGAAGAAGUUAUUACAUGUAUAUAUUGUUUCAUAUCAUGCAGGUGCUAUUUUUGAGUGCUUUUAGUUUGUAAAGAAACAGAAUAAAAUUUAAAAUGAAAACUUAAUGGAGUGGUAAUUACUAGUAUUUUGGAAAAUUCAACAGUAGAAAAUUCAGAUGAAAUGUUGACUUUCCAUUAAAUGUGUGUUCCAUCUUGUUUUCAGUUUAUGCUUUAUAUCAAACAUCAGCGUAGUUCUGCAUAAACUGGUUGUCCGUCCAUCGUUUGGAAAUUUGUAAAUGUUUCCCAUUAUGCAUCAUUCCUAGAUUUAUAGCUCUUGAUAUAAUUGCAGCUGUUAUACUGUUAUAGAUAUCUGAAUUGUUAUAAGUUUUGUUGUAGAUUCUAUUUUUAGAAAGAUGUAUGCAAGUUUACAGUUUCGGAGAUAUGCAGCAUGAUUUUAUGCUUUGAUGCUCUGUGUGCAUAUGAAGUGAUAUUAGACAUAGUGCAGAUACAUGUACUUUGUACAUUUCUUUUUUUUAUAUAUAUAUUUCCAUGUAAUUAUAAUGGAUUAAUGGAGAAAGUCUUUUAUUUGGUAUAUCACAUGUAUUUGUAAACACAAACAUAAUCUCUCCACUUUUGAUUGAAGUGAAAUCUUGUAUUUCAGGAUCUUUGCAUUUCAAGAAACUUUCAGCCGAAAGUAAUGGUAGCAUCACUGUUUAUGAAUUGUGAUAUAUUCAUUUAUGUGACAUUUUUGUUAGUAACCCCUUAAGCUUGAUGCUUUACAAUUUCUUUUCUUGUUAUUAUAUACUGGACUUAUUUUCUUCAUGCUCUCACUCACAAUACUCUAAAUUGUCUGUGAUUUGGUCAGUGGUAUAAAGUCUUAUUUAUGGUGAAAACGAUGUUUUUGUAACAUUUUAUAAUUUCUCACUACAUAUAUAGAUAAUAUACCAUGAUUAUAUUCCUUUAUAAUAUCAGUAACAAGAAAAGGUUUUUAGAAUUUAACCAAUCAUUGUAAGGGAUUGUAAUGCCUGUAGAUCAGUCGAGGUAUCCCUAUAACAAGAUGUGCUGUAGAAUUCCUAAAUACAUGUAUUGUAACUAACCUAUUUAAAGCCUAUCACUCAGGUAUAAUCAGUAAAAGAGGCCAGACUAGUCAUAUAUGUUUAUAAUCUACACUAUUUGUAGAAUUUUGCUAGUUUUACAUCACACUGAAUUCACAGUAUAGUUGCUAAUUGUUUGUAAGAGUUUAGAUUGUUUAAAAUUCAGUAAAAACUGUUGAAAUACUGACAUUUGGGCUUUUGUAUACAGUUUUAUAAGUAUACUUCACAGUUAAACCUCAUAAUCAACCUUGAUGGGAUUUAUGUACACGUACAAUAUAAAGUUAUUUUUGGUGGAUGUUUCAGAAAGUGUUCAUAUUUAUAUUAAUGACACUAUGAAACCUUUGGGUCCAAGAGUAUUGAGAUUCCAAUUAAAUUAUUCAUUUGCACUUCCAAUUCUUUUUACAUGUAUUAAUACAAAUGUACAUUCCUUUUUUUCUUUUUUUGAAUAGAAAAAUAAGAAUAAAAGAGGCAUGAGUAUUCUCUUCCUUGACAAAUAAUUAUCAAUCUUCCAAAAGAAUAUUUAUAGCUGCUUCUGUUUCAAUAUGCUUGGCAAUAAAUGAGAAUUAUUCCA